GCUCGUUUUACAUCUGACCAUGCCAUUUCUCACCGUCAUGGGCACCAUCAUGGCUAAUGACAAACGCUGAGGGUGCCAUCCCUCACGAAUGCAGAUAAACCCAUUCCCGGAUGAUCGCAAAGAAGGUCGAACAAUACUACGUUCCCGAAGAUUAGGAUGUUGCUCUAUGAGCUGUUUGAUCUCGAGCUGCGCACUCGUCUACUCUUGUCGUGCGGCCAGUGAUAGAGUGCAGCAUUUGACAUCGACGGAACUCGCAUCGCAAGUAUGAGAAUGCAGCAAACGAGCCAGACGAUGAAUGGUGCCACUCGGACUGGUCUUUGUUGCGCGCCUAAGAUCAGCCUCCCCUGUCUUUGUCCCUCUGCACGGACCUGCUUAAAAACAAUCUGGACUAUGAUCGUCAUCCGCUGCAUCCAUUCCCGCUCUCCUCUCGUCAUGAACAGACCCGGCUAUCCUCCCUCCCACCAAUCUGGUCUGAGCCAACCUGUCCCUGCGAAUUCUCCAGCGUUUGUCUCGACGUCUCUCACUUCGGUGCCAGCAUACGGAGCAGUCACAAAUGUCCAGACUCAUUGCAGAAUGCAAGAUUUCAGUGGGAUUCAAACACCUGCUCCAUCUAUGCCUCCCGAAACAUCUUCGACCUCACGGUCGCCUUCAGGCUGGAGCGCACCAUCGAGACAAACCAGCCACCCGUGCCGCUGUCGCCGCGGAAGGUGCAGGUGGCGAUUAUCCUACCCUAUCCGAAUGACGAUCGCUGUCCAUGAAGAAUCGCCGUUCCAACCGCAAUCGCAAGGAUCUUGCCUGCGUGCACGGAAACUCAGCAUAUAUCAAAAAGAGACGUUCCUCGUGUCGUAGAACGGUCCCGAAGUGAGUUUCCUGAAAACGUUCGAGAGCCCGUUGUAUCGGUUUAGCCGGAACGAUGGGAAGCGGAGGCGACUUUUCCUCGGGUGUAAGCCCUGGGUUGAUGCGGACAGGAUCGAACGGGACAAGGUAGUGUGUUUGGGACAAGGGUGUGAUGUCUCUCUUGGGAAUGUUGAGUAUAAUCCAGGUAACUGGAUGCGCCACCGAGAUUGGUGUGUUGGUAUCGACAACGCGAUUUUGAGUUCCGUUCUGGGUGCUUGGGAAAUUUGGACUGCGAAU